CAUUCAGUCCAUCGCCAGCAAUGGCUCUCAGGGAGCUCCGGUCAAAGGCCGCGUCGACACUGUGGAGGGACCUUCGACCGUGCGUCUCCUCUGCGAGACCGAAUGGCCUCCGCCAUGCAUCCAGCAACCCCCUAGACGACCUCGAAUCGUCCUCCUCGCUCUCAGCACCUCCUCCAUCGAACGACAUCAUAAAGAGCUGGGAUCCGGUAGUACGGACAAGGAGUAGGAAGACUCAAUUGCCUCCAAGCAGAUACCAAUUUCGCUCCCCAAAGUUCUACCGCGGCCCUCUCCACCCUCACCAACCCCCGCCCCCCUCCGACCCUUCUUCCCGCCUCUUCCAACCCGGCCCCUUCAGCCUCCCGCGCCUCGAACAAACCUACGAAUCCACCAUCGCCCCCGACCUCCUCACCAUGACCUACGCCCACACGCCCCCCGGCUGGGUGAAACCCCCAAAAGCGCAGCGCCUGCGUGAAUGGGUCGGUGACUCCCCCUACUUCAAGAACCGCCCGCUGCGAGGGCCUCGAGGUGGCGCCCACCUCCGCCUCCUCACGCCGCCGCGCAACUUCCGCACCAUUCCUAAGCUGACGGGCGUCACGGUGCAUUCAAUGGUGCCGGCGGCGCAGGACGACAGCGCGUAUAUGCAUGUUGCGGGCAUGAUUAUCCAGGCGAUUACGAAUGUGAGGGUGACGACGCAUCGGGCGCGGAAGAGCGUCGCGUCGUGGGGGCUGCGGGACAAGAAGUUUGUGUCUGUGACGGCGAAGCUGGAGCGGGAGGAUGUGUACCAUUUCCUGGGUAAGCUGGUGGAUGUGGUGCUACCGCGGAUCAAGGAGUGGAAGGGGGUGAAGGGGACGAGUGGAGACAGCAGUGGGAAUAUUACCUUUGGGCUGGAGCCGGAUGUUGUGGCGUUCUUUCCGGAGAUUGAAGUUAAUUAUGACGUGUAUCCCCCGAAGAUGAUUCCGGGGUGUCACAUCACUAUCCACUCAACUGCCACGAAUGAUCGAGACGCGAGGUUAUUGCUGCAGUCCAUUGGGAUCCCGUUCUAUGGGAAGAUGGUAAAUUAGACAGGCCAGGGUUUGGCCUCGUAUCAUUUAUUAGUAUGUACAAAAAUGUGUAUUCUGGAGUAAAAACAAGUGUCAAAUGAGACCUUUCCAAAUGCUCAAUUACCAUAUGCGCUUACAAUAUUAAGACAUAUAGACGUGCACUGUUUUCUCCCACUGCUUGUAAACUCUCUUCCAGUUCGUAACAAUAACCCGAACCACCAUAACAGCUGCGAGACAGAUCGAUAAAAAGUGCUU